ACCACAAGCAGAAACGCUAAAUCUAAGGUUGGUGCGGUUCUGCUCAUCAUUGGAAGACGUUAAACAUAAUCACCUCUCAUUUCAAGUGCGGACAUAAUUUCUAGGAUUCUUUUAAUACAGAUUUAUCUGUUUUAUCAGCAACAGUAGCGUGAGAGCGGCUAGUUAGCAUCCGAGCUAAGGGAGAAGCUAAGUGUUCGAGGAGAAGAAGCAUUUUCCUUUUAAAGGCACAGGAGCUGAGAAAACUGCCACAUUUUCAGACACCGGAUCGUUUCGAGGAUUUUCCAGAGGGACAGAGUCGAGUUUCACCGGCCUUCCACUGCAUCAUGUCGACUUUGGAGCAACUCCAGUGUUGACCACAGCAGGAAGCAGAACCCCAGCUGAUGACGGGGAUUAAAGAAGAAACAGAACCUCAACCAACGAAAGAGGAAGACGUUGAGCUGUCCAUCUUUCAGGAUGAAGGAACAUUUGCGGUGAAGCAGGAGGCCAGCAGCUUCCUGGUGAAUCCUGCACAGCUCCAGCAGACGAUGGAGACUAAAGAGGAACCAGAACCUGUAGAGGUUAAAGAGGAACGCUGCAGUGAUCAGACUGAAGAUCACCUUGUAGUGAAGCAGGAGGCUGAAACCUCCAUGGUGUCUCCUGGUUGUGAGCAAAAAGACAACAGUAAACCAAGCAAGAACCAACAGCAGCAAGGAAGCAACCAGAAAGACUCUGGAUCAAGUGGAGAAAAAGAUCUGAAGGCAGACAGGAGACAUCAGGACACCAGAAAUCACAAGGACGACGUGGACAAGUCAAAACCAAAGAGAGAAAGGAAAAAACUGCCUACUUGUGAAAUGUGUGGGAAAAGUUUCACUCAGCUCAGGUAUCUAACUGCUCACCUGAGAACGCACACAGAUGGGAAACCAUUCAAAUGUGCGACUUGUGGAAGAGGUUUUAUUAAGCAGAAUAACUUGACUAAACAUGUCAGGAUUCAUACGGGUGAGAAACCGUACCCCUGUGAAUUCUGUGAUAAAUCCUUCAGAACCAGCAGUCAGUGGGAUAGUCACACAAGAACCCACACAGGUGAGAAACCCUUUUCCUGUCCCACUUGUGGAAAAUGCUUCUAUAGGCGCUUUGACAUGACCAUCCAUGUGAGAACCCACACAGGGGAGAAGCCGUUUUCAUGUCCGAUUUGUGGAGAGCGAUUCAUCAGAAAGACCACCUUUAAAAUCCAUGUGAGAGCUCACACAGAGGAGAAGCCGCAUGCCUGUACGGUCUGCGGCUCGUCCUUCAGGCUUGGCUACGACCUGGCUCGUCACAUGAGGAUCCACACUGGCGAAAAGCCAUUCUCAUGCCCGACCUGCGGGAAAUGCUUCAGGGUGAGAGGCAGUUUAAAUGAACACCUGAGAAUUCACACAGGUGAGAAGCCUCAUCUGUGUUUGACCUGUGGAAAAAGUUUCACCCGGAAGCGUAAUCUGAUGAUUCACAUGAGAACCCACACGGGCGAGAAGCCGUUUUCUUGUGAUGACUGCGGUAAAUCCUUCUCUGACAACACUGUGCUGAUCAAUCACAUCCGAACCCACACAGGCGAGAAGCCCUUCUCAUGUCCUGUAUGUGGAAAAAGUUUUGCUAAAAGAUACACCCUGACGGUGCACAUGAAGACGCACACACGUGAGAAGCCGUUUUCCUGCCAGUCGUGUGGCGAGGCUUUCACAUCAAGACGUAAACUGACUAAACAUGUCUGCAAGCAGACGUUCUCCAGGACCUUCGUGGUCAGCUCCACCACAUUGAGUUUCUUAAAGGGAGCUGAGUGUUUUUCUCCCAGACAGAACGAACAGGACCUGAAGGCUUUCAGCUUCCUCCCAGUCUUCCACAGCAUCAUGUCGGUUAUUACUUGGGAGGUUGAUGCUGAUCACAUUCUCAUUAGCAAGCAGAGGUCAAGUUCUCUGCUUGACCAUGAUUUACCAAACGGUCUGGAAAUAAAAGAGGACCCAGAACUCCAGGCGACUGAGACAGAAGAUCCAGAACCUCGAGUGAUUAAAGAAGAACAGAUUGAGUUGUGCAUCUUUCAGGAUGAAGGGCAGGUUUUGGUGAAGCAAGAGGCUGAAACCUCCACCUCCAUUGAGAAUCCUGCUUAUGGGGAAGCAUUUCAGAACGGACCAGAGCAACAGCAGAUGAUGGAGACAAAGGAGGAACCAGAGCCUGUAGAGAUCAAACAGGAGCAGGAGGACUUCUGUGGUAAUCAGGAAGAAGAACAACCAAAUGUUUUUGAGUUUUGUGGUAAUUCUUUAAUGCAGCAUAAUGAGUUGGCUAAUCACAUGACACCUCAAGCAGAAGACAAACCUUUCUCCUGCUUGACCUGUGGAAGAGGUUUCAACAAGCAGUACAACUUGACCGUCCACAUGAGAACUCACACAGGUGAGAAGCCAUACCCUUGUGAACUGUGUGAUAAAUCUUUCAGGAGGAGCAAUGAUUUGGCCCGUCACAUCAGAACUCACACAGGAGAGACACCAUAUUCCUGUCAGUUUUGUGGAAAAUCCUUUAACGACAACAGUCAUCUCACCAUUCACCUGAGAACACACACAGGUGAGAAGCCCUACUCCUGUGAAGUGUGUGGUAAAUCUUUGACCGAUAGCAGUCAUUUGAUCAAACACAUGAGAACUCAUACGCCUGAAAAGCCUUUCCCAUGCCUGACAUGUGGAAAAGGUUUCACUGCUCAAUCUGACCUGACAGUCCACAUGAGAACCCACACCGGUGAGAAACCCUUCACCUGUCUGAUCUGUGGUAAAGGUUUUAUCCAGAAAACUACCCUGAGUUAUCACAUGAGGACCCACACAGGUGAGAAGCCUUUUCCAUGUGAUCUGUGUGAUAAAUCUUUUAUUCAAAGCAGUGAUCUGGCCCGCCACCUCAGAACCCACACAGGGGAGAAACCAUAUUCUUGUGACUUGUGUGACAAAUCUUUCAGACAGAGCAGCGAUCUGGCUCGUCAUAUUAGAACUCACACAGGAGAGAAGCCAUUCUCAUGUCAGACCUGUGGAAAAGGUUUCACCAAGCAGAAUAAUUUGACUGUGCACAUGAGGAUUCAUACAGGUGAGAAGCCGUAUUCCUGUGAAGCCUGUGGGGAAUCCUUCACUGUCAAAUUUAGUUUGACUAAACACAAAUGCAAAAAUGCCAACCAGGAAGUUCUGCGAUAGCAGAGCUGCUCUCACCUGAGUGAAGUUUCCCCCCCACCUUCUUCAAAUCGGACUAAAUUGGUGUCAAACAAAAUGUUUUGCUGCACAAACAUUUGACACCGAUUUUGUUUUAUUUCAUAAAAGUGGGGGGGCUGGUAGACCUUUUGACCUUUAACAUUUCAUUAAUAUCUUCAAAGCCAAAGCUUUGAAGAUAUUACAAACAAAAAAAUUUGCUGCCCAAACGUAGCACAAACACGUGACACCAAUUUUGUGUGAUUUGAUGAAGGUGGGGGAGCAAACGUCACUCAGGUGAUGCUCUCUGAUUCAUAGACUCAUCAGGUUUAUUGGUGUAGCACAUUUCAGCAACAAGGCAGAUCAAAAUGAUUUUCAUGGUUAAAACAUAACACAAUAGUCAAUUUUGAAACAUGCAGCAAACUACAUUGUUUCUAAUCCAUCAUCAAAAUCAUCACACAUAAUCAUCAUCAAAUAUUUUAAUACAGGGGGUUGAAGUUAACCCUCCUCUGUUGGUCCCAGGCAGGAAACCACUGCCUCUACUGGUGAUCUCUGAUUGGCCAAGAGGCUUCAAUGGAUGUUCUGAUAGGCAUGUUUAUAAAUCUCAUCACAAUUCAUCCUUUUUAACAGGUAUGUUUUUAUUUUGCUUGGGUUUCAUUUUAUUACUGAUUGCUGUAUUUUAUAUCUGGAGAUUAUUUUGUAACUUGCAUGUCAUGUAAAGCAACUUUUAAAAAUGUUAUUUCAACAAAGCUUACAGCUUUAUGUGUUGAUACAACAUGAAUGAAGCGUUAAAAUAAGGGUUUUUAUUCUUGAUUUGUCCUUCCUGAGUGUUAGAGGUGUCCUGCUUCAGAUGAUUAAAAUAUGUUGUGUGUGGAUGAUUAAACUAUUUACAUUCAUUCUUUUUAA